AAAGGGGCAAAAUAUUUCUGUGUCUCUAUUGGUCAAAUUUCAAUCUUCUCAAUACGCUUAAGGUUUGAGGUUAUAUUGAAAUUUGAUUUUGUAAUGUGAUUCGUACAGAGGGAUUAUAUUAAAAGCAUACAUUUUUUUUUAAUACAAAGAACAUGAAGAUAAUUAAUUGAAUUGAUAAAUGAAUCUAUCUUAUGACACGAGUUUUCACUUGUUAGAAUUUUCGCGAGUAAGAUAUAUCAACGAUGCAACGUACAUUAAGUGAUUGUCCUUUUUUGCGUUUGGAUUUUCUCUGUCGGAGAUUACGUUAUUACAGUUCAACUGCAACUGCAGAAGUUUACAAUAAUAAAAGACUAACAGAUUUUCCCGCUACAUUCAAGUCGAAAGAUGUGGAGCAAGGCUGGUAUAAUAUCUGGGAGGAUAACAAUUAUUUUACAGCCUCUAGAAUGGCAAAAGCAAGAAGUGACAAGGAAGAAGAGAAAAAAGAGUCCUUCAGUAUGGUCUUACCACCACCGAAUAUUACAGGAGUAUUGCAUCUGGGCCAUGCGCUUACUGUUACAAUCCAGGAUGUUCUAGCAAGAUGGCACAGAAUGAAAGGCCAUCCAGUUUUGUGGAUACCUGGUCUGGAUCAUGCUGGAAUCGCAACGCAGGCAGUAGUGGAACGUAUGUUGCAACGCACACAAAACAUCACACGGCAUGAUAUGGGUCGCGCCGAAUUCUCGCAAUUUCUCUGGCAAUGGAAAAUGGAGAAGGCCACGAUUAUCAAUCAGCAGCUGAAAGCCCUUGGUGCUACACUUGAUUGGAACAGAGAAUAUUUUACCAUUGAUAAGAGUCACAGUGCAGCAGUGACAGAAACGUUUGUACGGCUGAGUGAGAGGAAUCUGUUGUACAGAGCUAGAGACCUCGUCAAUUGGUCACCAGCGCUACGCAGUACAAUCUCAGAGAUCGAAGUCGAGGAUUUCGUAAUAGAUGGCAAAACGCAACUUCGAUUACCUGGCCAUUAUGGCAAAGUUACUGUCGGCCAAUUAAUCAAGCUAGCAUAUCCGAUCAAAGAUUCAAAGGAAGAAUUGAUAGUUGCAACGACUAGGCUCGAGACGAUUUUUGGAGAUGUAGCGAUCGCCGUGCAUCCAGACGACGAGAGAUAUUCGAGAUACAUCGGUCGGCAAGUUUUACACCCUGUAAAAGAGACGUUCAUACCUGUUAUAGCCGAUUCCUUGGUCAAGAGAGAUUUUGGCACUGGUGCGGUGAAAAUCACACCGGCACACGAUCGCUUGGAUUAUGAUAUUGCUAAAAGGCACAACUUGCCAGUUAUUAGCGUUAUCGACGAGGCUGGCAAGAUGACGGACAUAAGUAAAGAAUUCGAGGGACUAUCAAGAUUUGUCGCACGAGAGAGACUCAUGAACGAGCUAUCGGUGCGAGGUAUCAUCAGAGGUGUAGAAGACCAUCACCGAAUGAUAUUGCCACGAUGUUCGCGUACGCACGAUGUGAUCGAGUAUCUGCCUAAAGAACAAUGGUUUGUGCGUUGUACAACAAUGGCUAAACGGGCGCAGGAAGCUGUAAAAAAUGGUGAAUUAAGAAUCAAUUCAAGCGAUGGUGGUAUCUACGAACAAUUGUGGUACGAUUGGCUCGAAAACAUAAGGGAUUGGUGUGUGUCAAGACAGUUAUGGUGGGGUCAUCGCAUUCCAGCAUAUGCCAUAAACCAUAGUGAUAAUAACAAUAAUGAUGGUGAUAAUAUUUUCUCCACUAAUAGAACUAGCAAAACUUCUUGGAUAAUCGCACGAUCCGAAGAAGAGGCAUAUUCGCAAGCACGAGAGAAAUAUGGGGAUACAGUGAGCAUACAUCAGGAUUCCGAUGUCCUUGACACGUGGUUUUCUUCGGCAAUUAUACCAUUUGUCACACUUGGCUGGCCGGAACACACGAAGGACAUGGCAAAAUACUAUCCAUUAACACUGAUGGAAACUGGUCAUGAUAUAUUUCUUUUUUGGGUGGCGAGGAUGGUGAUGCUAAGUCUAGAAAUGACACAAAAUUUGCCAUUUAAGGAGGUUCUGCUUCAUGGUAUCUUGUGUGAUGCUAAUGGCAAGAAAAUGUCCAAAAGUUCUGGCAAUGUCAUCUUACCAGAAAACAUUAUGAAUGGUUGUAGUUUUGAAGAACUGAACGAGCAAGCAAGACGAAAUCAUGCAGCGGGCAUUCUCAGUGCUGACGAGUUGCAGCGAACACUGCGCGUUAACACAAAAUCAUAUUCCACAGGAAUACCAGACUGUGGCACAGACGCUUUGAGGCUAUCGUUGUGUGCUCGUAAUAUUAAGAAUCGUACCAUCAGUUUUGAUGUGGAUGAUUGUCGCACAAGCAAGCAUUUCUGUAACAAAAUCUGGCAGGCGAGUAAAUAUGUAUUAUUGAUGACAAAGAAUGAUGACAAUGAAAAGAAUCAACAACAACAUGGAGACAAAGAGCAAUAUUUAAGUAAUCUGGACCAAUGGAUUCUAAGCCGAUUGUUAUGGAUGGUGGAAACAGUGAAUAGUGCGUUUGCCGAACGAAACUUCCAUAAGGCAAUUGCCGCAAUUCGUCAAUUUUUACACUACGAGUUCUGCGAUCUUUACGUGGAGGGCACAAAAUUCGGAUUUAGAAGUGGCAAUGAUGCCGGACAUUUCGAUACUCUCGCAAAAUGCCUGGAAGUAUCAUUGCGCCUCCUCGCACCUAUUACGCCUUAUUUGUCGGACGAUUUAUAUACAAGACUCGCUAAGAAGGGUUUGCCAGGAUUUCGGUCAGUUUCCUCAUUGUUGGAAACAUCCUAUCCUAUGCCAUGUGAGUUUGAGCAUUUAAGAGACAUUGUAUUAGAGCAAAAAAUGUGCGAGCUUAUGAAUGUGAUAGAUGUCAUCAGAAGUUGUAUGGCAAAUGUGAGCAAGAAGUCAAAUCCAGAAAUUAAUAUUCUGACCAGCAACAUAGAUAAUUAUGACUUUUAUAAGAAAAAUGUGAACCUGAUUAAAGGAGUGAGCAGAAUAUGGAAUGUGCCCAUUCACUUGACAGAAUCGGUUAAUGACAGUGAUUUUUGUAAUGAAAAAAGAGGAAACGAUAGCGGCAUUUACACUAUUCGAUAUAUACAUACGAACCAUUGCUCGUUGCUCAUUGCAGUUACGGAUGCGUCGAUACUGGAACAGAUUAAAAAAAAUAUGCAAGAAAGGAGAAAUUGGAAGAGAAAUCAAUAAAAAAGAAUCAUUAUUAGAAUAUAUGUAUAUUGCUCAUGUUUGUACAGAUAUAAUUUGUUUCUUUCACAUAUUAAAGAAAUUAUAUAAUGUU